UUUGAGUUCUCUAUAACAGUCAGGGGCGGACUCUCGUCUGCCCCAGCAGGAAUUCUGAAAUCAGCUGUUUCCAAACACCACAGUCAAGUUCUGAACAUGUUCGGUCACACUGUGCGCUCGUGAAAUUCUCGUGCUCAUAUACACUAUGCAUACAGGUAGUCCGUAAACACAAUGAAAGAAGCGUGUUGAAAAUUGCGUUUCUAUGUUUUUACUAAGCAUUUCGGCAAUGAAAUAGUCUGGUAGGUCAGUAAAUAGACUAAACUUAACUCUGCCGUUGGAGCUUACAAUUGAGCUUGCAGGAUUUAGCAAUCAUUAGUCCAAACAUGACAGAAAAAUAAUUUCUGUUCCAUUUUUUACUCUGCUAGGUAAGGCGAACAGUUAUUUUUUAUUUUAUUAAUAUUUUAAAGACGAACAGUUAUUGACAGAUAAUUACACCGUCUCUGUUUUUUUUUUUCGUGCUGGUUGAAAUAGCCCACCACACAAACAGUAGUUUUGUAAAUAGAUUACUGGAUAAGUUGAUUAUCUGCUCAUUGACUUUUUGGUCAUCUUAAUUUUAACGGAAUGAGUCUGCAGGAAGCCCUGGCGAUUGAUCCUGCCAUGGGUCCUUUACAGAGGAGCGUGUACUGGAAACUGUGCGUGCUGUUUUUCUUCACGGCAUUCAUGUUUUUCGCCGACGUGUUUACUGUAAAUAUAUUUCCAUGUCUUGAACCGGAGAGAGUUCACAACUUUAUUCAAAAUUCCACAGAAUCCAUAUUUUCGAAUGAAAAUGAUUACACUUGGAAUAAUGUCACAGAAAGCGUCGAUAGUUCAGAAUGUGUGGAAAUGGAGCUUUUUGCUUAUGGACAAACCAUGUACAUGAUAGGACUGCUGUUCUGCGCUCCUGUGGGCGGGGCUUUCGCUGACAGCUAUGGGAAGCAGCGCCUCCUGGUGGUGAGCGCUGCAUUGCAGGCAGUCACAGCCCUGUGCUCAGCCUUCUCCCCCUCUGCUGCCUUCCACCUGGCUGCCCGCUGUGUGGCUGGAAUGGCGUGCUGUGGCAUCAACAUCAGCAGCUUCAGUUUAGGUGUGGAGUGGAGUCUGCCUAGGUACCGCACCUGGCCACCUGCCCUGCUAUCCUUCUUCUUCAGCCUUGGAAUGAUGUGUCUGGCUGGUGCAGCAUAUCUCUGUUCAAGUGUGGUCCAGCUGUACCUGAGCAUGGCUAUACCACAGCUCCUCUGCUUCCCUCUCUACCUUUCUAUCCCAGAGUCUCCUCGAUGGCUGUUCCUGAAUGGAAAGAUGAAGAUUGUAGAGCAGUAUCAGGCCAGGAGUCAUGAGGACAGGAAGAAUCUGGAUCAGCUUAUAGAUAUCAUGGGAAAGGAAGAAAAACCCAGUGAAACAUACAACAGCCAGAAAAGACACUGUGACCUGGUACACUUCAAAUCCCCUACCAUAAUACUGAGGCUCUUUGUAAUGAGCUAUAUUGGGUUGGCCUCUGCCCUUACCUACUAUGGGAUUUGCUUUAAUGUGGGGAAUUUUGGGGUGGAUAUCUACCUGGCUCAGUUUUUUUCCGGGCUGUCAGAGGCUCCCUCGCUCCUGAUGCCCCUGCUGCUGGGGCGCUGUGGCCGACGCCCCUUCUCCAUCAUCUCACUCUUCCUCAGUGGCUCCGCCUGCCUGCUGUCCGUCCUUAUCUCCAAGUCCUGUGAUGCUCCUGCUCUUGUGAUGGGCUUGGCUCUGAUGGGGAAACUGUGCAUUCAGACUACCACCUGUGUGACAGUACUCUAUGGAAUAGAGCUGUUUCCCACCAUAAUCAGGCAGAAGUGUGUGGGUGUAGCAUACCUGUGGUACCGUGUGGGCUGCAUUCUGAAUGCUGUGGUAGCUCUUCGAGGAGGUAUCCCCCUAGUGGCCAUGAUGUGGUACGGCAGCGGGCCCAUCCUGGGGGCUGGGCUAUGCCUGCUGCUUCCCGAGACCAGCGGAAGGCCCCUCCCUGACACAGUCCCAGACUGUGAGGCCCAGCAGGGUGGGCUGAUGCCACUCUGCUGCCCCCCGGUGGAGGCCACUGGAGUAUCGCCUUCCCUCCCCAGGCAAGAACAGGGCGGAGUAUCGCCUUCCCUCCCCAGGCAAGAACAGGGCGGAGUAUCGCCUUCCCUCCCCAGACAGAAGCAGGGCGGAGUAUCGCCUUCCCACCCCAGGGAGAAGCAGGGCGGAGUAUCGCCUUCCCACCCCAGGGAGAAGCAGGGCGGAGUAUCGCCUUCCCUCCCCAGGGAGAAGCAGGGCGGAGUAUCGCCUUCCCACCCCAGGGAGAAGCAGGGCGGAGUAUCGCCUUCCCUCCCCAGGGAGAAGCAGGGCGGAGUAUCGCCUUCCCUCCCCUGGCAGAAGCAGGGCAGAGUAUCGCCUUCCCUCCCCAGGCAGAAGCAGGGCGGAGUAUCGCCUUCCCUCCCCAGCCAGAAGCAGGGUGGAGUAUCGCCUUCCCUCCCCAGCCAGAAGCAGGGUGGAGUAUCGCCUUCCCUCCCCAGGCAGAAGCAGGGCAGAGUAUCGCCUUCCCACCCCAGGCAGAAGCAGGGAGGAGUAUCGCCUUCCCUCCCCAGGGAGAAGCAGGACAGAAACCCCCACAGAGUCCUCUGAUGGCCUGGGGGCUGUUUCACACGCAGUGUAAAACUGCGUAAGUCUGCGUUACUGCCCUAAUACAACAACACACUGCCUUCUGUCCCUCAAACGGAGCACAACACGAAGAGAAUAAGGGUUAAAUCUGAAUAUUGUCCUCGACAGUGCUUAUUAAAUGCUCUUUACGACAGCAAUUGAGUAUGUAUAUCAGUACAUUUGAUAUUUUCUGUAUUACACACGUGGGAAGGAUCAUUUAAGGACCUUUCAUGUGUUUUAAUGUUUUUCCAUCCAUAUUUUCAGAGAUUAAACUAAAUCACGUAUAAGAAAUGUAUAAAUAGGGAUGUGAAAGAAACU